AUGAGUGAGCUUUUUCAAGAUACAGAGUAUCAGUCGGAAAGUAUUUCGAUCUCUGAGCUGAAGAACGGAGGGAUUCUUGCGGGAGACAUUGCAAAGCUGGUUGAGGCCGGAUUUACUACGGUUGAGUCGUUGGCAUUUGCACCGAAGAAGCAGUUGCUGUCGAUCAAAGGAUUUUCAGAUGUGAAGGUAGAUAAACUGAUCAAGGAGGCAGCAAAGCUGGUUCCUAUGGGGUUUACCACUGCUUCAGAAUACCAUCAGAGGAGAUCCGAGCUUGUGUAUCUAACUACUGGGUCUUCUGAGGUUGAUAAGCUGAUGAAUGGAGGAUUUGAGUCUGGAAGCAUAACUGAGAUAUUUGGGGAAUUUAGAACAGGAAAGACACAGAUAUGCCACACACUUGCAGUUACCUGCCAGUUGCCAGUAGAACAGGGAGGAGCAGGUGGAAAGGCGAUGUACAUAGAUACGGAGGGGACGUUCCGAUCUGAAAGGUUGUUUCCAAUUGCAGAGCGAUUUGGCUUAGAUCCGAAUGAAGUACUGGACAACAUAUCGUAUGCACGUGCAUAUAAUUCUGAUCAUCAGUCGCAGCUUCUAAUCAAGGCGUCUGCAAUGAUGUCUGAGUCGAAAUAUGCAGUUCUGAUAGUUGAUUCUGCAACAGCGUUGUACAGGACGGACUUCAGUGGACGAGGAGAGCUUGGAGCAAGACAGCUGCAUCUUGCAAAGUAUCUUCGAAGUCUUGUGAAUCUUGCAGAGACGUUCCGUGUGGCUGUUGUGAUUACAAACCAAGUUGUAUCGAAUGUUGAUGGAGCCGCAGCAAUGUUUGCAGGAGACAUGAAGAAGCCGAUUGGAGGAAAUAUAAUGGCACACGCAAGCACGACUAGACUUUACCUGCGUAAAGGUCGAGGAGAAACAAGGAUAUGCAAGAUAUACAACUCGCCGUGUUGCCCAGAAAACGAGGCCACGUUUACAAUUGCUCCUGAAGGUGUGACUGAUACAGAUGAUUGA